AUGGAAGAAUACACGAAAGAGAAAGAUGUUUCCUUCGACUCGAUCACCUGGGAGGCACAGAACUAUGAUGCUGCAGAGCGAAAAUUUCAGGAGGUGCUUGAGACGCUUAAAGGCGACAAAAUCCUCGAGCAAUUCAGCGUCGAGUACGACAGCCUGCUGAAGGCUGUUCGGAAAUCGCACGACAAUGAGAAGCGGCUUGACAGAAAAUGUCGGGAGCUGGAGGAGGAACUUGUUCAGAGCACAGCCAAAAUGGCUGCAGCUCUCAAGCUCAGCUCUGAGGAUGGGGGCGCGGUGUUCAGCCUCAGAAAAGAACUGGAGAAAGCCUGGAAGCUGGUCGACGCCGGUCAGGAAAAGGAGGCGCGGUUGAAGGACGCAGGGGCAGCCUUCCAGCGGGAAAUUGCCAAUCUGACUCGGCUGGUUGAGGCGGGUGCCGGGCUGAGCGCUCUGGAUGACAACAUGCACAGCGACAUGCAGCGCCAGAACGAUGAGCUUGUGAAGGAGCGCGAUGAGCAGGCAGGGGCUCUGGCAGCUGCCAGGAAGGAGCUGAUGGAUGCCCAGGAGAAGGCAAAGGAGGUACAUGAAGCCACGCUGAAGCUGGACAGCGGAUGCGACGCCCUCCGACAGCAGAUCGCGUCGAAGGACAUGGAGCUUGACAGAGAGGCCCGGAGGAGGGAGCAAUUGGAGAAAGACAUUGCCGAGCUGAGGGCGCAGAUUGAGGCGCGCACAGCGGACAUCAAGCUGCAGCAGAGCGAGCUGCGGACUGCAGAGCAAAGGAUCGCAGCGGAUGAGCGCGCGACGCGAGAGAACAACUCUCUGAUGGAGCGGAACCAGCGGCUCAUGCGCGAGCUGCAGGAGCAGAUGGCUGCCAACACUCGGCUGGUCGAGAGCAACAAGGUGAAGGCCGCGGAGCUCAAGCAGAAGGAGGAAGCUGUGAGGGCGUUGCAGUCCGAGACUGCCAAGGUGGUGAAAGUGAAGGAGGCAGCCCUUGCGCGCAUCAAAGCCAUCGAGAAACUGAAGGCGGAGGCGGACAUGCUGAGAGCGUAUGAGAAUGAGAAGAAGAUCCUCGAGGCGGAGAUUGCUGGCUACAAGGCAAACUCUCUCAAGCAUGACAAAGCCAUACAGGCAUUGGAGCUUGAUAUUGAGGCGGCCACUUCACGGGCGCAAGAGGCAGCAGCCAAGGUGGCAGACCUUCAGGAGAAGAUCCAGCUGCAGGACUCCACUCUCACUGACAUGCAGAAGAAGUUGGCAGAGGCGGAUGCGCGCAUGAAGCAGCAGCAGGCGGCGUACGAGACCGUGCGCGCAGACCGCAACCUAUGCUCCCGCAACCUCAUAGCGGCCCAGGACGAAGUAGUUGAGCUCAGGAAUCGCUCACGCAUACUGGCGCACCAGAUGGAGCAGGUGAAGGAGGAGAACGCUCGGCUGGAGGCGGCGAUUUCAAAGGAUCGUUUCGUGCAUGCGCGCGCGGAGCAGGAGUGCGAGAAGCUGCAGGCGCGCGUUACGCAGCUGGAAACCAGGGAGAGGGAGGUGGAUGCUGCCAUCCGCGACGCCUCCGCCGAAGUCGCGCAGCUCACCGCCGUCGUGGCACAGGCCGAAAAGGAGCGGGCGCGGCAGAGGAAGGAGAUGGAGGCGGUUGUGCGCGACAGGGACGUGCUGGGGUCGCAGCUGGUACGCCGCAACGAUGAGCUGGCACUGCUAUACGAAAAGAUCCGCCUGCAGCAGUCCACCAUCUCCCAAGGGAACGCCGCCUACCGGGAGCGGCUGGCGGAGCUGCGGACGCUGCGGCUGCGGCUGGCGGACUUGGUGCGGGAGGCGAGUGUGCUGCGCGCGGGCGUGGCGGGAGCGGAGGCGCUCAAACGCGAGGUGCACGUGCUGGGCCGGCAGGUGCUGCAGGAGCGCGCCAAGGUGCAGGCGCUCGGCCAGGAGCUGGAAAACCCCCUCAACGUGGAUGAGGGAUCAGUAGUCAACGGUGGUGUGGCAAUGUAUCAUCGCAGGUGGCGCAAGCUGGAGGGCAGCACGCCGGCGGCGUACGAGAUGCUGAUGAAGUGCCAGGCGCUGCAGAAGCGGCUGAUAGCGGCGACGGAGGCGUGCGUGGAGAAGGACGCGCGCAUCCAGGAGCAGGAGAAUGUCUACCUGGAACUCAAGGCCAUCCUGGCGCGCCAGCCGGGGCCCGAGGCCGCCCUCCACAUCUCCGCUCUCCAGGCACAGCUCAGGGAGAAGCAGAAGCAGCUGGAGAGUUUGGUGGGCGAGCUGAACAUGGAGCAGGCCCAGGCAGAUCAGCACAGGGACGCCAUCACUCGGCUGCAGAAGGAGCAUGUUGAGCUGAAGCGCUUGGUGCUGGCAGCCAAGAAGAGGGAGCGGCGGCUGAAGGGCAAGCGUCCAAAAGUUGAGGCGCCAGAGGAAGGCAGCUUGGCCGAUGAAAAGGAGACUGUGCCUGUUGUUGCAGAAUUGCAGGAGGAGCCAUCAAGUGCAGCAGAGAUUGUGAGCGAGCUCGGGGCCCUUGAUGAGCCUGACCAGGUUGUGUAUGCCUGA